AUCAGCAGCAGCAGUGGCGGCAACGGCGUCCCUCAUGCCGUACAUCCGGAUUGCGAGCGCCCCGUACUGCUGGCGCUUACGGCAUCCGGCAGCCUUCUGGUGUACCAGGCCUUCGCCGCCUCCUCAGGCGGGCAAGUGUCGCCCCUGAUGCCGCCGCCGCAACAGUCUGCGGGUACGGACGGACUGGCGGCGGCAAUGGCGGCGGCGGCAGCGACCCACGGGUCAUUCGGCUUCGGGGUCGCCGGCAGCGGCGGCCAGUCACUGGCUUUCCGGCGCCUGCAGCUGGAAACGCUGUCACAUGAGGCGCCGGCGCCGUUGCAAGGUCCAGGCGGCGGUACGACAACCGCGUUGGGAGCUCGGCUCAUCCGUUUCGACCACCUGGCCCCCACCGACCCGGCCACACAAAAGCCCCAGGUCCCUCCCUGCAGCGGCAUCUUCCUGUCCGGCAGCCGCCCGCUGUGGCUGGUGGCCUCGCGAGGGGGCCUGGUGCCGCACCCCAUGUUCGUGGAGGGGGCGGUGGCGGGCCUUACACCCUUCCACAACGUCAACUGCCCGCUGGGUUUCAUCACCGCCUGCAGCUCCCGCGGCCAGCUCAAGGUGUGUGUCCUGCCGCAGCACUGCCGCCUGGAUGGCCCAUGGGUCACUCGCCGCGUGCCGCUGCGAGCCACCCCGCACCGCCUGGCCUGGUUCCGAGAGGGGGGGCUGCUGGCGGCAAUUACCUCGCGAAUCGUACCCAGCAGGCCCCGGCCCCCCGAGGAGCCCGGCGGCGACCCGCACGCCUCCGCCGCCUACGCCGCCGCCGCCGCCGCCGCGCUGGCCCGCGGUCGCGAGGAGGCGUGGGAGGUGCGGCUGCUGGACGCGGGGUGCGGGUGUGCGCGGGUGUGGAGCUCGGGACUGCUGCCGCCGGGGGAGCAGGCGCUGAGUGUGCGGGUGGUGCGGCUGAGGAAUGGAGCGACGGGUGACACGGACACCUUCCUGGCGGUUGGAACCGGCUCCCCGAUGGGCGAGGACUACCCCUGCCUGGGUCGGAUCCUGUUGUACGGCAUCAGCUCCGACACGGUGGAUCUGGGCGGGGGCAAUGUGAGCAGGAGGUGGGGCGGGCAGCUGCUGGCGGCGAGGGAGAUGGCCUCCGCGGUGACCAGUGUGCAGGAGUUCCGGUCGCAGCUGCUGGUGUCGUGCGGGCACAGGGUGGAGCUGUACGAGUGGAGGGGAGGCCCCGCCGGUCUGGACAAGCGCGCGUUCUUCGACCUGCCCAGCCUGGUGGUGGGGCUGGUGGCGGUGAAGGACUACCUGCUAGCAGCGGACGCGAGCCAGGGACUUCACUUCGUGCGAUACUCGGACGCAGCCCGCGUGCUGGAGUUCAUGUCCAAGGAGUUCGACCCACGGGACUGUGUGGCGGCGGGGGUGCUCAUCUGUGAGCCCAAGCUGGCCUUCCUGGCGGCAGAUGCGGCGGGCAGCCUGUCACUGGCGGAGUUCUAUGGCGCCCGUAACACCAACCCCGCCUUCUGGGCCGGCCAGCGCCUCGCCCCCCUCGGCUCCCUGCACGUGGCCCGCCUCGUCAGCAGCUGCGUCAGCAUAAAGAUGGCCACCGCGGACGGCAAGAACCGGCACGCGCUGCUGUGCGGGAGCGCGGAGGGAGGACUGUCGUACAUUGCACCCAUUGCCGACCCGGCUGCCGUACAGCGUCUUGCUGCCGUACAAACCCACCUAUCGCGCUCCUUACCCCACGUGGCGGGUCUCAACCCCCGGAGCUUUAGGCAUCGCUUCUGUCGCAUCCCUCGCUUCCUGGGCGGCGGUGCCAGCCACCACCCGCCUCCCCCCGUCCCCGGCAGCAGCAGCACGGCAGGGGGAGGGGGUGGUGCAGGCGGGGGGCUGCUGGACGGGCAGUUGCUGAGUACGACACUGCCGUACCUGACCCGCGGGCAGCUGGCGGCGGCUGCGGAGGCGGCGGGAGCGGCACCCGGGCAGCUGCUGGCAGACCUGAGGGCACUCAUUGCUGCUGCAACGUUUGGGUAGCUGCUGCUGCUGCUGCUGCUGCUGCUGAGGUGGACUGGUGGAGGAGGAGAAGGAAGAGUAGGAGGAAGAGGGCUGCAAGCGCAAGAGCAGAAGAGGCGGAGAAGAGACAAGCAAAAGGAUGAUGACAAGCAUGCAGGGAAAGGGACGUGAGGCGGCUUCCGUUGCUGUCAUGUUGCCACCUUGCCGUCAUGUUGCCAAGUGGUGCGGAAAGACAGGACAGCCUACGACAGGUUAGCCGGCAUACAUCAGGCCAUCCAGGCCCACCGUACGUCAGGACUAGGUCAGGGAGGGCUCUGCCGUACAGGGGUAGCAACCCCCGGGGUAGCUAGCGGUGGGGACACCUUUUGCGUACUGUCACCAGAAUGCAAGUACAGUACGGCAAAAGGCCAGAAGUACGGCAAAAUGGCAUCUGGGGUAUACAGGGUUGGCGGACAUACGGGUGGAUGAGGUGGUGGUGUAGGAGCGGGUGAAGGGGCGCACGUGGGGUCGUUACGCGGCUGCGGAGCAGGUUCAGCUGUGAAUAUGAAGGCGGAAGGCAUGCCCUGGCUUCUGCUAGGUUAUAGGUAAUAGCCAAUUAUACGGCGGCGUUAAUAAACACCGUUGUAGGGUAUUGUGGUUAAGCUGUUGAAGGAUAGCUCGUUGGCGGUUUGUAUCUUGGCGCGCUAGCGGUGCAUCGUACGGCGUGGUUCCACGGCCUUACCUUGAUGCCUUAGGGGAAGCGGGAACCGCACUCCUCACACCAUCGUCUAUUACGGCACUCCAAAAGCACAUCUUGCAAAGUAGGACUGCAUUGCUUCCUUGGAAAGGAUAAUUAUCAAGCUAAUCAAUAAAUUCAAAUAAGUGUCUGCGCAAUCUCCUCACGUGCACACUCAAUAUACGUUUCCCAUGGCUCAUACUUUUAACCCUUUGGGUAACAAGCGUCAGAGGAGACAGAUCUUUCGCGGGUAUGAAGGUUACGAGGAACCGAGACCAGACAAACCUUCGAAGACCAACAAGCCUCGGCCUGGAACGAAGAUUGUACAGCUGCGAGACGAACAGACUAAGAUACAGACAACUACCAAGGAGGUGCAGACAAAUAUCCGGGAGGUGCAGGCAAGUCAACAGCAGCAGCUGGCAAGUCAGGCCCACCCGGAGUUAAGCGCGAAACCUGAGGAGGAGUCCUGGAAGGACGCAGGCCUAGCAACUGAACCUCGCGUUAACUUUUAGCACGGCCUCGCCAGCAACGUUUCUCUCGUAGCUCAUCAAGAGGUCUUGAGCCCCAGCACACCGCCUAGUACCAGCUGGUCGCGGUGCGUGGGUGCUCGCUGCUGUGAGUCUUCCAUCCCACAUCAAGUCUCCUAAAUGAUCGGAGGGGGCUUUAGGCUUUGGCUUUGGGAGGAGCACCUUGCAGGCACUCAUUGCUGCUGCGACGUUUGGGUAGCUGCUGCUGCUGCUGCUGGAUGGGUGCGGGGAGGAGGAGGAGGAGGAGGAGGAGGGAGGAGGUGGCCACAGGCUACAUGGACUACAGGGAGCUCUGCCGCCAGGCUAGAAAGGCCACAGAGCAUGUCGAUCUGUAGGGCGUGCAGGGAGGGCUACAGCACACACACGCACACACACAGGACUUCUUCUUUCGGCAAUCACAGUACGUUUCGCCUCGCGGCCAGAUAUACAACACACACACAUUGUUUGCAACCAGGCUAGUUGGUGGGAGGACAACACCUUGUUAGGUCUGGGUGCAAGCAAGGGGCG